UUUCUCUAGUCUAGGACAUGCAUCCAACUACUGUAAUGGGGAUUGACUUAUUCUCGUAAGAUUUAUCGUGCCUUGUGAUAUUCCUUGGUAUAGUAUUGGAAUAAGGGAAUAUUAUAUUCCUUGGCCCCACACACACUACUGACGUGACCAAAUACUAAUUUCUUAGUGCAAUCGCGAAUGAAAACAAAAGUGAUCUGCAUUCUGCACAGCUCAUACAUAAAAUCGCUGGUAUAAUUUAGGGUAUAUUUGAUUGAAUGUUUUGAUUACUAAAAUCAGCAAGUUACACUAAAGGUCUUUAUCAACAUUGAGAAGAGUAUUAAGACAAUCAGUACAAAGUUGCCAGUUAGUGCUUAAAAUGGAAAAAUGACUCGUUUGUUUACUAACAAGAGUAGCACCGCCAACUGGAGUACGGGAGAUAACACUUGAUGAAAAACCUGUGCAGUGUUAUAAAGGUAAAAAAUGAUGCUAAGUUGUGGUGUAAGUCGACUCAUAGUUCGUCACCUGAGAACAGGUGUUGCCAGCACUGCUCAAGUCCCCCAAGUGUGUAUUGUUGGUAGUGGUCCAGCUGGCUUCUAUACUGCUCAACAAAUACUAAAGAGCCAUGCAGCAGCACAAGUUGAUAUGUAUGAGAAACUGCCAGUUCCUUUUGGCUUGGUUCGCUAUGGAGUUGCACCAGAUCACCCAGAAGUGAAGAACUGCAUUAAUACCUUCACCCAGACUGCUGCUAAAGACAGAUUUACAUUUUUGGGCAAUGUUGACAUUGGAAGUGAUAUUACUUUCAGCCAGUUGAGAGAAGCUUAUCAUGCUGUUGUUCUGGCAUAUGGCGCUGCACAAGACCGAGCAUUAAACAUCCCAGGAGAGUCUUUGCCCAAUGUAUUAUCUGCCCGAGAAUUUGUGGGUUGGUAUAAUGGUCUACCUGAAAAUGCAGAUUUGAAGGUUGACUUGAAUGUAGAAUCGGUUGGAAUUAUUGGUCAAGGGAAUGUUGCUGUGGAUGUAGCAAGAAUUUUACUCACACCUGUAGAUAUAUUAAAGAAAACAGACAUCCCAGAGAACAUACUGGAGAGAUUAAAUGGCAGCCGAGUGAGACAUGUGACAUUGGUUGGUCGCAGGGGUCCAGAACAUGUUGCCUUCACCAUCAAGGAAUUGAGAGAAAUGGUCAACUUGGAGGGAUCAGGGCCAGACCUGAGACGAGAAGAUUACAAGCACUUAAGGAAUCUAAUACCAA